AAGACAGCGUUGCGGAAUACCUGUUGCCUGUUUCCAAAGACAGAAAGUGCUAAAGGACCGAUUUUUUGGGCCUGCUGAAAUGGCUGAAGCAGGACUAAGCGAUCAGGAUCCAUGUCAGUGUCCGGUGUGCCUGGAUCGGUUGAAAGAACCAGUCACUAUAGCUUGUGGACACAGUUAUUGUAAGAGCUGCAUUAAUGGUUGCUGGAAUCAGGAGGACCAGAAAGGUGUAUAUAGCUGUCCACAGUGCAGAGAGACGUUCAGCCCAAGACCUGUUCUGAAGAAAAACACGGUGUUGGCUGUGCUGGUGGACAAACUGAAGAUUGCGGAGACACAGGAAGCUUCCUCUGGGCCCUGCCUUGCUGGACCAGGAGACGUGGAGUGUGACUUCUGCACAGAGAGAAAGCUCAAGGCGGUCAAAUCUUGCCUGGUGUGUCUGGCGUCUUUCUGUGAAACCCAUGUCCAGCCUCACUAUAAAUCUGCUGCCUUUAAGAAGCACAAGCUGGUCAAGGCGUCUGCACACCUUCAAGAGAAGAUCUGCUCUCAGCACGACCGACUUCUUGAAGUGUUCUGCCGCACUGAUCAGAAAUGUAUCUGCAUGUUGUGCUCCAUGGAUAAACAUAGAAGCCAUGACACAGUCUCAGCAGCAGCAGAAAGGAAUGAGAAACAGAUGCCACUGCAGGAGGCGAGGAAGAAAUCCCAGCAGCAAAUCCAGGACAGAGAAGGAACUGCAGGAGCUGAAAAAGGCUGUGGUGUCUCAUAA